GGACCGAGGCAGGUUGAGCGAGAGGGAGAGUGAGCAGGCGAUUGCCAGUCAUUGUUGCCACCGCUGCUGCUGCUGCUGCUUUCUUACCGGGGUUAUAUAAGGGGCUGUAAGAGGACGUGAAGGCCAGACAGAACCCGGACGUCGCGGAGAAACCAUGGGUGGAGCACUGUUAGGGCUCCAUUUGUCCCUGCUGCUCACCUCCACCUGUGCCACGUACGGCCCUGGUGGAGGUGGAGGUGGAGGCUUCGGUAUAAGUGGAGGAAAAGGAAUAUUAAUAGGAGGAGGAGGAGGAUUCCCUGCCCCACCCAUCAGCAAUGACUACAUACUUCCAUCCGUCGACGUCGGAGGCUUUGGAAGUGGAGGAUUUGGAGGACUAGGUGGUGGAGGAUCAUUUGGUGGAAGCUACUCUCCUCCAUCUACCUAUUCAUCUGGUGGAAGUGGAACAAGAAGAGGAAGAGGAGGCAAAGGUCGAAGAAAAAUUACCAUUUUAAGGGCUCAGAAGAUAGAACUUGAUGAUGGAGGAGGUGGAUUUGGCAAAGGAUUUAGAGGAGUAGUUGGAGGGUCACUUGGUGGUGGAUAUUCUCCUCCAGAUGUUUCCCCUGGUUAUUCUGCUCCAUCACUUGGUGGAGGUGGAAUCGGCGGUGGUCUCAUAGGUGGCAGUGGCGGAGGUAGUGGAAUCGGAGCUGGUAACGUUGGGAAAGGAGGUGGAUUCGGAGGUGGAAUUGUGGGUGGAAAUGGUGGUGGAUAUUCUUCUCCAGACAUUGGUUCUGAUUAUUCUGCUCCAUCGAUUGGUGGAGGUGGAACUGGUGGAGGUGGCAUUGGUAGAGGUGGAAUUGGUGGUGGAUAUUCUCCUCCAGUUAUUAGUUCUGAUUAUUCUGCUCCAGCGAUUGGUGGAGGUGGUAUUGGUGGAGGUGGUAUUGGUGGAGGUGGAAUUGGUGGAGGUGGAAUUGGUGGAGGUGGAAUUGGUAGAGGUGGAAUUGGUGGAGGUGGAAUUGGUGGAGGUGGAAUUGGUGGUGGAUAUUCUUCUCCAGAUAUGAGUUCUGAUUAUUCUGCUCCAUCCCUUGGUGGAGGUGGAAUUGGUGGUGGAAUUGGUGGAGGUGGAAUUGAUGGAGGUGGAAUUGGUGGUGGAAUUGAUGGUGGAAUUGGUGGAGGUGGAAUUGAUGGAGGUGGAAUUGGUGGAGGUGGAAUUGGUGGUGGAUAUUCUCCUCCAGACAUUAGUUCUGAUUAUUCUGCUCCAGCGAUUGGUGGAGGUGGAAUUGGUGGAGGUGGCAUUGGUGGAGGUGGAAAUGGUGGAGGUGGAAUUGGUGGAGGUGGAAUUGGUGGUGGAUAUUCUUCUCCAGACAUUAGUUCUGAUUAUUCUGCUCCAGCGAUUGGUGGAGGUGGAAUUGGUGGAGGUGGUAUUGGUGGAGGUGGAGUUGGUGGAGGUGGAAUUGGUGGAGGUGGUAUUGGUGGAGGUGGAGUUGGUGGAGGUGGAAUUGGUGGAGGUGGUGGAGGUGGAGUUGGUGGAGGUGGAAUUGGUGGAGGUGGAAUUGGUGGUGGAUAUUCUCCUACAGGGAUAAGUUCUGAUUAUUCUGCUCCAUCCCUUGGAGGAGGUGGUGGAAUUGGUGGAGGUGGAAUUGGUGGAGGUGGAAUUGGAGGAGGUGGAAUUAUUGGAGGACAUCAGGGAGAUGGAAUUGGUGGUGGUGGAAUUGGUGGAAGUGGCAUUGGUGGAGGAAUUAGUGGAGGGGGUAUUGGUGGAGGUGGCAUUGGUAGUGGAUAUUCUCCCCCAGAUAUAAGUUCUGAUUAUUCUGUUCCAUCCCUUGGAGGAAGUGGUGAAAUUGGUGGAGGAAUUGGUGGAGGUGGAAUUGGUGGAGGUGGAAUUGGUGGAGGAAUUGGUGGAGGUGGAAUUGGUGGAGGAAUCGGUGGAGGAAUUGGUGGAGGUGGAUAUUCUCCUCCAGAUAUAACUUCUGUUUAUUCUGCUCCACCCCUUGGCGGAGGUGGUGGAGGUGGAAGUGGUGGAGGAAUUGGUGGAAGUGGAACUGGUGGAGGCUUUGGUGGAGGUGGAAUAGGUGGAGGAAUUGGUGGGGGUGGAAUUGGUGGAGGAAUUGGUGGGGGUGGAAUUGGUGGAGGAAUUGGUGGAGGAAUUGGUGGGGGUGGAAUUGGUGGUGGUGGAAUUGGUGGAGGAAUUGGUGGGGGUGGAAUUGGUGGAGGAAUUGGUGGGGGUGGAAUUGGUGGAGGAAUUGGUGGGGGUGGAAUGGGUGGAGGAAUUGGUGGGGGUGGAAUUGGUGGUGGAUAUUCUCCUCCAGAUAUAAGUUCUGAUUAUUCUGCUCCAUCUAUCGGUGGAGGUGGAAUUGGUGGAGGAAUUGGUGGGGGUGGAAUAGGUGGAGGAAUUGGUGGGGGUGGAAUUGGUGGAGGAAUUGGUGGGGGUGGAAUUGGUGGAGGAAUUGGUGGGGGUGGAAUUGGUGGUGGAUAUUCUCCUCCAGACAUAAGUAAUCAUUAUGGUGCUCCAUCUAUCGGUGGAGGUGGAAUUGGUGGAGGCGUUCGUGGAGGUGGAAUAGGUGGAGGAAUUGGUGGGGGUGGAAUUGGUGGUGGAUAUUCUCCUCCAGACAUAAGUUCUGAUUAUGCUGCUCCAUCUCUUGGUGGAGGUGGAAUUGGUGGAAGUGGAAUUGGUGGAGGUGGAAUUGGUGGAGGUGGAAUUGGUGGAGGUGGAGUUGGUGGUGGAUAUUCUCCUCCAGACAUAAGUUCUGAUUAUGCUGCUCCAUCUCUUGGUGGAGGUGGAAUUGGUGGAAGUGGAAUUGGUGGAGGUGGAAUUGGUGGAGGUGGAAUUGGUGGUGGAUAUUCUCCUCCAGACAUAAGUUCUGAUUAUGCUGCUCCAUCUUUUGGUGGAGGUGGAAUUAGUGGAGGUGGAAUUGGUGGUGGAUAUUCUCCUCCAGGCAUAAGUUCUGAUUAUUCUGCGCCAGCGAUUGGUGGAGGUGGAGUUGGUGGAGGACAUGGUGGAGGGGGCAUUGGUGGAGGAUUUGGUGGAAGUGAUUUUGGUGGUGGUGGAGUUGGUGGGGAAUAUUCUCCUCCAUCUGUAGGUAGUGGCGGAAGAACUGGGAACGGUGGAUUAGGAAAUGGAGGGCUGAUUGAUGACGAUUUAUCUCCAUCACUUGGUAGUGGAGGACGAACUGGAGGUGGUAAAGGCAUUGGUGGAGGUGGAUUUGGUGGAGGUGGAUUUGGUGGAGGUGGCUUUGGUGGAGGUGGAUUUGGUGGAGAUGGGUUUGGUGGAGGUGGAUUUGGCGGAGGUGGAUUUGGUGGAGGUCGCAUUGGAGGAGGAAAGAGCAUUGGUGGAGGUGGUAGUGGUGGACUUUUUUCCUCUCCAGAUAUAAGUUCUGAUUAUUCUGCCCCAGCUAUUGGUGGAGGAACUGGUGGAGGAAUCGGAGGAGGAACUGGUGGAGGAAUCGGAGGAGGAACUGGUGGAGGAAUCGGAGGAGGAUAUUCUCCUCCAGACAUAAGUUCUGAUUAUUCCUCUCCAUCACUUGGUGGAGGAAUUGGAGGUGGAAUCGAUGGAGGAAUAGGGGUUGGAGGAGGAUCAAUUGGUGGUGGAUCAGUCGGUGGAGGAUAUUCUUCUCCAGAUAUUAGUUCUGAUUAUUCUGCGCCAGAGAUUGGUGGUGGGGGUGGAGUUGGUGGAGUAUUUAGUGGAGGAAUCAGUAAAGGAUCUGCAGGUGGUGGUGGAACUGGGGGUGGAGGGCUGACUGGAGGUGGCUAUUCUCCUCCACCUGUAAAUACAGAUUACUCUGGACCCUCGAUUGGUAAUAGAGGGGGAAGGGUAUUAGGAGGAGGAAAAGGUGGAGGAGGAAGUAGAAAAGUAAGUGAUGGAGGGUUUUCUCUGAGCACCACUUACUCUGGUGGAGGAGGUUUAGGCUUCGGUGGAAGAAGAAUAAUAGGAAGUAGGAGAGUGAUAGGUAAAACAGUGUACUCCGCUCCGUCCAUCAGUGGGGGAUAUAACGGUGACAAUGGAUUUGGUGGUGGAAUACAUGGAGGAGGAGGAGGAGGAGGAGGAGGAGUAGGUGGCGGAGGAUAUGGAGGAGGAUCAAGCGGAGGAUCAUCUGGGUGGAGACCUAUUGUCGUACCGGCAGGAUACGGCAGGGGCAGAUAAGGAAGAAAGAAAAAUAAUGUGAGGAGAGAAGAAAAAAGAAGAGAAGCUGUUACCUGACUUCCACUUGUCACAUUAUAAUCUCAUUCCCUCCGUCUCUCUAUAUGACACCGUGAUCCACCCUCCGUCUCUUUCUACUAUUAAGGUUAUGCACCUCCCUCCCUCUCUCCUUCCCUCCCUCCGCUCCGUGACCCUCAGUGAACUAACGGUAUCUAGAAUAAGAAGUUAGUGACAACCCCUGUUACCUUACUUGAGUAUUUAUCUCACUCUGAUCCCUGUGCCACUCUCUUUAGAUUUUAUUUUAUUUUAUUACGUACAAUCAGCUCUAGUUUCCUCUUCUAUUAAAUGACAAUCUAACAUAUUUCCGUCCUUUUAUUCUAAUAUUAAAAAAGCAUCUUUUUCUAUUAGAAUUUAUCUCUUCGUUUUGUGUUAGGCCUAGAGUUCUAGACCAUGCAAAGUUUUCUUGUGAUAUAAUUUUGUACAAACAGUUCAAAUCCUUAAGUUUUAUCUCUUUACAAUCGAUUUUUCUUUGUUUCAACCUCUCCAUAUCCAACUCUGUUCCAAACAUUACCCGGCUUCUUCCGAAUCAUUUCCCUCAGGUGCCCAUCAGUACAAGAGCCUUGAUCACGGCCUCCACAGAAGAAGAAAAGAACGAGAGGGCUCAGACGAAACUCCUUACUUUCAGUUAGCAUACUACAGCAGCGAUAACAACACUAUAAACAAGAAGAAAAGCACACAACUAUAUAAUAUGUAAUAACAAUAGUGAUAAUACUAAAAAAAAAUAAUAGUAACAAAAAUAAUAAUAGUAAAAAUAUAAAUAAUAAUGAUA